AAGGAGGAGGGGCGACCGCGAGCUGAGCCAGCGGAAGAGGUCGAGGAAGUUUCUCUGGACCCGAUCGAGCCAGAGCGGAAGGUGAAGGUAGGCAAGGCCUUGCCGCUUGAAUUAAAGGAGCAGCUACUGGAGGUUCUCCGAGCAUUCAAGGUGCUAUUUGCUUGGGGGCCAGAGGAUAUGCCAGGGGUCGACCCAAAGAUCAUCUAUCAUAGAUUGGCAGUGGAUCCGACCCACAAGCCGGUCAAGCAGAAGAAGCGUUUUCUUUCCUCAGAACGGAGAGAGUUUGUUACCAAGCAG